ACUCGCAAAAUAACUCAUUGUACAUAGUUUCUUAGGAAUAUAUAUAUAAAGCUCCUCAUCAGCUUUAAACGAACCAGUCGCUGACCAUGGUACUGAAAUGUUUAAAGGGCAAUUUUGAUUAAUUUUGGCUCACUUUUAUCCCAGAAAUGUGUGUAUAAUCUGAUAACUACAUUAUUCAUACAAUACGUGAACAUGUUUUAAAUCGAAGUUGUUUGUGUUGUGCUGCAAUUUUGCGCUCUACUUAUGUGAUGCUUAUUAAGAAAGACAAAUCUUAUUUACGUGUAUGUACCAUUUGGGGUCAGUGUUACACAAGGAUGCAUUAGAGGUUUGGCCCUGCCCAAUGGUAUGUUGUGCGCAUGACUGUUCUGUUCGUUUCACACGGGAUAGGAGGUCGAGCCUAUAUCACGAGAAGCAUGAAUGGCACUGUAGAAAUAAAAUGCAUAAUUUAGGUUAUUUACAAAUGAUGAGAUUGCCAUGAAUACAUGCCGUUUUGGAGGAGUAGUCUAAUAUCGCGACUCGUCUCAAGCUGUUUUAAAGGAAUACGCAACGAUGGAAACCGGAGAACAAAGGAGCAGAUGGGAGUACUGGUGGAUUGCUUUGUGUUUCUCUUUUCUGCUUCGCUUCGGGCAGCAGGUUUCAACCCAAAUAAGGUACUCCAUACCAGAGGAGGUAAAGAGGGAUCGUUUGUGGGAAAUAUUGCAAAGGAUUUGGGUCUUGAUGCGAAUACUUUGGCGGACAGGCGGUUUCGCAUCGUCUCUGGAUCUAAAGAAGCUCUUUUCCAGGUAAAUCAAAACAAUGGCGAAUUGUACACUGAUAAGAAAAUCGACAGAGAGGUGGUGUGUGACGGAAAUAGCGUGUGCUUGAUAAAUCUGAAAAUCGCCGUUGAAAAUCCACUUGAAAUACAUUAUGUCGGAGUAGAAAUCAAAGACGUGAAUGACCACAGUCCGCAUUUCCCGGAGAAUGAACAGCAUUUUGAAAUGUCGGAAAGCACUGUUGCAGGCUCACGUUUUGAACUCCAAACUGCACGAGAUCCUGACAUCGGAAGCAACACGAUUAGACUCUACAAACUGGCGAAGAACAAUUACUUUGAGCUCGAAAUGAGAGACGGUGACGAAGAGGAAAAAAAUCCCAUUUUAGUCUUACUGAAACCUCUAGACAGGGAGCAAAAUUCAGAGCAUAGACUCGUGUUAACUGCAGUAGAUGGAGGCACACCCCCAAAGUCAGGCACUUUAAAUAUUAUUAUUUCUGUUCAGGAUAUAAACGACAACCGGCCGGUAUGUAGUAAAGAUGUUUAUUCUGUAACUCUCCCAGAAAACACGGCAGUAGGAACAGUCAUAGCUCGUGUUAAUGCCACUGAUUCUGAUCAGGGUUUAAAUGGGAGGUUAUUUACACGCUUGGCAAAACCAGUAGACGAAAGGUGCAUGAAAUAUUUAGCCUUGAUGGUGUCACUGGUGAAAUUCAGAUCAAAGAACCAAUUGAUUUUGAGGAGAACGAGAUACAUCGGUUGA